CGAAUCUUGGGUAAGAAUAUACGCUUCUUUCAUUAAACUUACUGAUUAUUGAUGAAUAUAUGAAUAUACGCCUUAAGGUUAUCUGGAAGUGGGAGAGUCAGCGUUCAGCCAUUGCUACUCUGGUCUAAAGACGCGUUAUAUCUAAUAAAACGGUGGUAAUCAUGAGUGAGCGGCCGAGUAAUGGUGAAUACAAGUAUCAAAGGGAAGAAAAUGCCGAUUCGAAGGUAAGAACAUCGUCGGAAAAGGAACGUGAUGAAAAGGAACAUCAGGUUGACAAAGCCGGGGAAUAUGUCCGGGAGCUUUUGCAAGAAAAAGUUGAAUUGGAUUCGCAAAAAUGGCCUAAUGCAACCAGAUUAAUUGAUCAAGAAAUUCAAAAAACUCAAGCUAUUGGAAAACCAGUUAGAGAUCUUAAAUAUGUGGAUAUUUAUCGCGAAAAACCAAUUCGGGUGUCAGUUAAAGUACUGGUACCGGUUCGGGAACAUCCAAAGUUCAAUUUUGUGGGAAAAUUACUGGGACCAAAAGGUAAUUCUAUGAAACGUUUACAAGAAGAAACUAUGUGUAAAAUGGCCGUACUAGGAAGAGGAUCUAUGAAAGAUCGUCAAAAAGAGGAAGAAUGUCGUAUGUCUUUGGAUCCAAAAUACGCACACCUUUCGGACGACCUUCAUGUGGAAAUAACAGCACUUGCACCUCCGGCGGAGGCUUAUGCUCGUAUUGCAUUUGCGUUGGCUGAAGUUCGGAAAUAUCUUAUUCCCGAUAACAACGACAACAUACGCCAAGAGCAAAUGCGCGAAAUGGAAAUGAGCAUGACAGAUGAUCCAACAAGUGGUGAUGAUAGAAGGCCCUCUGUCAGAGGAGUACCAGGUGCUGGAGGAAUAUUAAGACCAACCACAAGACCAACGAUGCCACGGUCUUCGCGAGCUUCGUCUAUUUUAGCGGCGAUACUUCCACCGCCUUCGAGCCGGGGACCAAUCUCACGUCCUGUUUCAGCGAAAAGUAAAGUGUUCUCUAUCUUAGAUCGUGCAAGAGUUGCAAUGGAUCAAAGUUAUGGUUAUGAGACUGCUACUCCACCUCCAAGUAAUCGUGUCGGAUCUCAUCAUGAUUACGAUUAUCACACAUCAACGGGCAGUAGCAGCCGAUACGGAGACCGACAUUAUACAUCAACAUCAGGAGAUGAUAUGUAUCCUUCCUCGAGGUACACAACCUAUGAAUACGAAGACGAUGCUGUCCCGCACUCGUCGCAUAACUACUACGAAACAUCAGAAUAUCCAGAGGAAUCAUCGAGCCGCGCAUGGAAAUCGUACAAGACGACAACGACAUCGGGCUCAAGCUCGCGCUACCGCAACGCCCCGUAUUCACGACCUUCCAAGUAAAAAUCCAUUAAAGAAUCAUCCAAAUAUUUUCUUAAUUUUAUCUUGUCCAAACAAUUCCUGGAUUCUGAAGCGAAACAACGAUCUUUCUUUUUUGGCUGUAUUGUUUCUCAUAGCCCUAAAUCAUUGACGUAUAAUCUUCCUAACACACGGCAACUUACGAUGCCGGCAAUGCCAAAACCUAGUAACCGAGAUGGUUCUUAAAAGAAAAUGGAGGCACUCUGAGAGACUAACACGGUAAACGAUAUGCAGAUGGUAUUACAAUAUUUCAUGGUAUUGCGACGAUAGAACCAAACGGAUAUAACGUAACUGCCAUUUCUUAUCGAUUUGUCGAGAGUUUGCCAAAGGAAAUUUUCUACUAAAUGGUAUUAACAAAACUUUCGUCUAUGAUCACUAUGUUUCAUAUACUCCUUCUUUGGAGUAAAAUUUAUCUAGCAUAAAAGAAACUUUUACGUUCGUGAAUAAUUUGCUUGUUUUCUUUAUUUCUAUAUAAUAGAAUUUUUUCCAGUCGUAGUGUAAUAAAGCAUUCACAUGCUUUUCAGAUGUAAUUCUCAUGGCUACUGGAUAAGUACUAAAACUCGUAAUACAAUGAAAGCUGUAAUCAAACUGUUUCCUUCAAUUGCGUUUUUUAUCGCGAACAAUCGUACAUAAUAUUCAGCCCUUAGACAGUCUGGUUUUCUAUGAAAGCAUUGAAAGAUAGAGAAAGAGAGAAAAAAUACCUCCCUUCAAAUCCUUUCCUCUCCUGAAAAAAAUGUCACGUCAGAGUGGAAGGCUAGAGGACCAAGAGGAUCAGUGGAACGAGACACGUAAAAUUGUCAGAUAAAAAAAAAAAAGAAAGAAAAAUGUCGGAGCUAUGUCACAUUUUUCGAGAUGUCAAAUUUCGUAUCUUUUUAUAUAAUUUCAUUUUAUAUGCAGUUUUUUUUCUUUGUUUUGUUAAUUGGUACAAUGUAUAAUGAAGUUCAUGACAUGUAAAUAAGUGAUUUUAGUUCUUAAUUUAUAUAUAUAUAUAUAUACAUAUAUAUAUAAAUUGUUUAUAUAAUAUAUAAUAUAUAUAAUAAUAAUAUAUAUAUACUAUAUUAUAUAUAUAUAAUUGUUUGUAUAUAUAUAACACAUACAUACACAUAUAUAUACAUAAUCUUUUUAUUUUUUAGAGAGGAUCUAUUCUUUGGUUUUAAUAUAUGAUGCUUUUUAAAUGUUGAAAAGUACAUAGCUCAGACAGUCGUGUGCGUUAUAAUAAAUAGUAAUAUGUCUAAAAUAGAACAAAGUACAAUAUUGUAAAUGAUGUUCAGUGGCAGAUAACCGUAUAUAAAUUAAUAUUACAUAAGUUACAUAUAAUUAUGUAAUUAUAUAGUAAUUCAUUUAAUAUUAAUAUGUAUAGUAUCUACGAGAAAAAAAAUAAUUAAAAUGACGUGUUGGAAGCUUAAAAUGACAUAAAUAAAUGUUAAACAAAAAUAUACGUGUAUAGUAGCACGUUCCAAAUAUACGAAGUGAAAAAUCGUGUAGCUUGUAAACAUACAGUAGCCACAACAUUACGAAUAGAAAGAAAAAAAUUGUGUAAUCAUAUAGUAUAAGGACACAAAAAAAACAAAGAUAAAAAAACUUGUGCGUAACUUAUAAACAUUUUUCCGUUUUUGAACGGGAUUUAAUCAUUUCUGCUAUACAUAUAUCUAUAUAUAAUCCCCCUAAACUGAAAUAAAUAAGAAAUGUAGCGCUAUUAUAAUAAGCUACAUUUUGAAGCUUUAAAUCAAAAUCCUAAUUAAUCAAUAGUAUUAUAACUUGGACGAAAAUAACGAAAUGUUUUCAGAUCUAACCCAUAAUAUUAAAUAUCUUCAAAGAUCCAUAAAAAAAUCUCUUCAUCAAUAUAUUAGUAACUUUCAUUUAAUAUGUUUACUUUAAAUCAGCCACGAAAUGUUAAUUAAUGUUAAGAAAUUUUGUCAAAAGAAUAUAAUAAAUCUAAUUUAAUUUUCCUUAAA